AUGCGUCCACCAUCAGGGGUGCGAGCAUGGUGGCUCAACGCCGCGCGAGGACCAACAGCAGCAGCGGCGCCGCGGCGGCCAACUGGAGUCACCGGGCCCGUGCGCACGUUGGCGGGGUUGCCACCUAGGCCGCCACCGUCGCCAUCGCCACUGAUAAGGCCCGCGACGCGGAUAACAACAAGAGCAGUAACGGCGACGACGCCGCGCGUCCCACCUUCCUCCCUCUUGCAGUCGGCCAUCCUCCUCCGCGCGCUGCACACGUCCAAGCCGCGGCGGGACGUCUUCUUCCUCUCCAUCCCGGCCAUCAAGAGCGGCCUGCUGAACGUCACGCGCUUCUCACUCCUCUUCCUGCCCUUCGUGUUCCGGUACAAGCUGUGGAAGAAGUACAAGCGCACAGCGUGGAUUCUGAUCCAGGUGCCGAUCUUCGCGUUCUGCAUCGUCCUCGCGCUCGGGCUGAACCAAGACCCGCGGACGGGGCGCUGGCGCCUCCUGCUGAUGGGCGAGCGCGAGGAGCUGGCGUGGUCGCAUCGCAAACACAAAGAGGUGCUCAUGCACGAGGGGCCGCUGCUCCUCCCGCCCGACGACCCGCGCAGCCGGCAAGUCGAGCGCGUGACGGCGCGCAUCAUCACCGCGCUCGAGGAGCAGGACAAGCAUAUCGUCUCGGGCGCGGCGUGGCCCCCCAAAGAGGACUUUGCGCGCUCCAUGAACGAGCGCGAGGAGCGCUUUGGGGACUAUAGUGGCCGAAUGGCGCGCUUCGAGCCCAGCGCAACGGCACACUCGGCGUACAUGCCUUUCCGGCCCCAGUCGCAGAACCCCCUCAAGAACAUGGAGUCGGCGGACUGGAAUAUCUACAUUAUUGAUCAUCUGAACGCCUUCGCGCUGCCGUCCAAGGAUUUGUUUAUUUACACUGGCCUGCUUGACACCCUGCCAAAAGACGACACUAUGCUCGCUGCAGUGCUGUCUCACGAGAUUGCCCACGUCGCACAGCGGCACGCAGUGGAGAACCUUGGAUUCCUCAACGUGGCGGCGGUCGCCUUCGACGUGCUCCGUGGCAUCUCGUUCGCGCUGACCAUCUCCUUCCCAUUCAUCACCGACUCUGCGGGAAUGUUCAUCAACUGGCUCAAUGACGUCGUCGCGCAGCGCGCCUACUCGCGCAAGCUGGAGGAGGAGGCGGACGCCGUCGGCCUCGAGUUGAUGGCUAUCGCGGGGUAUGACCCGCGCGCGAUGCUCGACCUGUGGGGGCUGAUGGCCUGCGUCGAGGAGGACGCACAACGCAUGGGGCAGAGCGUGUCCAUUGAGAACAGGCUGCAGCUGCUGCGCACGCACCCGACAAGCCAGGCGCGGCAGGAGGCAAUCCAGCACCUGCUCCCCAAGACCAUGAAGGUGUGGGAGUCGAGACGGUCCACCACGCGCGCGGCGAUCGAGCGGUUGAAAGCCGCUGAGAGGAAGCAGGCCGCCGAAGAGGCCGUGGCUCUGGCUACGGUGGCUACCGUGGCGGCGGAGGUCAAGGCCGUCGAGGCCCUCGAGGAGGAAGAGGCCGCGGUCGCUGUUGCGGCGGCCGAGCCGGAGAGAAUCUAAACUUUUAACGACCAGUCUCUCCAUUCUGUUGUUACCCCCGAACAUGCUCCGCAUGUCUUGUUGAACGUAGAUUCUUGUAAUGC